AUGAAACCCAACCGUGGGUUCGGCAAUGUUAGGAAAGCUGUCGUCCCCUUCGUAUGGGUGGAGGAGGCGGCCGGAGUUGAGGGCAGUUUUGAAUGGAUGUUAAGGGCGGCUAUAUAUCCAAUGCUGGCCAUCGAUUACGGCUCCGUUGCCACACUCGUGGGAGGGCUGGCACUGAUGGCCUAUACCGGUGCCUACGCUUUAUAUAAGAGACAAAUUUUAUAUCCACCAAAAAGUGAAAAGCCUAUUGUGAGUGCAACUCCCGGUGCCACGGAUACAAAUACCACGAAUAUAUAUCCCAACCUGAAUGCCAAUCCGUUUACAGUGAGUGGACGUAUGGCUGAGAAGGGAAAGGGUCCUAAUACCUCACCCAUCAAUGGCACCGGCAUCUACCCGAACCUUAAACAGCAAAGGGCCAUGUGGUCACCACCAGGGUCAGCUGAAUAG